AUGACUCUCUUGGCUUCUGAAUUUGCUAUGAAGGAUCUGGGUCCUCUAAGUUUCUUUUUGGGUAUUGCCGUCACUCGUCAUGCCCAUGGUCUUUUCUUAUCUCAGACUCAGUAUGCUGCAAAAAUUAUUGACCGUGCCGGAAUGUCUAACUGCAGUCCAUGUCCUACCCCUGUUGACACUAAGUCCAAACUAAGUGCCACCGCCGACACUCCUUAUGAUGAUCCGACUAAGUAUCGGAGUCUUGCAGGUGCACUUCAGUAUCUUACAUUCACUCGGCCAGACAUUUCCUAUGCCGUGCAGCAGAUCUGUCUUCACAUGCAUGCUCCGACUAAUGAGCAUAUGAGUGCUCUUAAGCGUAUCAUACGCUAUCUUCAGGGUACUCUUUCUUUUGGUCUACACUUGUCCAAGUCCAAUAUUCAUCGUAUUAUCUCAUAUACAGAUGCAGAUUGGGGAGGUUGCCCCGACACCCGUUGUUCUACCUCUGGUUAUUGUGUGUACCUCGGAGAUAAUUUGAUUUCUUGGUCUUCGAAACGGCAACCUACUCUUUCUCGUAGUAGUGCUGAGGCAGAGUACAGGGGUGUUGCUAAUGUUGUUUCCGAUUCGUGCUGGCUCAGAAAUUUGCUUCUAGAGUUGCAUUGUCCUAUUCAAAAGGCUACUCUAGUUUAUUGUGACAAUGUGAGUGCUAUAUACUUAUCCGGCAAUCCUGUUCAGCAUCAGCGCACUAAACACAUUGAGAUGGAUAUUCACUUUGUCCGUGAGAAAGUAGCUCGUGGCGAAGUGCGUGUGCUUCAUGUACCAUCCCGUUAUCAAAUUGCUGAUAUUUUUACAAAAGGGCUUCCGCGCGUUUUAUUUAAUGAUUUCAGGGACAGUCUAAGCAUACGGGAACCUCCCGCUUCGACUGAGGGGGUGUGCUAG